AUGUCCCGACCGUUGUCUUCCACGACUUACUCUUCCCUUGAUCCGUCUGAGCCCGCACAAACCAUCGACAACUGCCAAACGUUGUGGGACAUACUAUCGACCACCGCUCUAAAUAGAUGCUGGCCUGUGUUGAUUUGCACCGGUAUCUGGUCGUCCGUACUAUGCGUGAUUAAUCACUAUACCCAUGGACAACUAUCGAUUCAGCCGACUCUCAUCACCGUAUUUGGUACCGUUCUAGGUUUCGUAAUAUCUUUUCGAACGACCUCCAGCUUUGAACGUUAUAACGAUGGCCGAAAAUAUUGGUCCCAAAUUGUACUCAACUGCCGUACCUUUUCUCGAACUGUCUGGUUUCAUGUCCCAAGUGCGCAAGUUCACAUGGAACAGGACGAAGCCAAGACCUUGAUUGAGAAGAAGACUGUGGUGAAUUUACUCGAGGCUUUCGCCGUCAGCGUCAAGCAUUACCUACGAGGAGAAGACGGAAUUUUCUAUGAUGAUCUUCACCCGCUUGUCUCCUUCAUCUCACCAUGCUCUUACUCACUCCCUGCCAUCAUCCCUCCCGCAAAUCCCCCAGAGUUGCACCGUAGGUCGACGCAUGCAAGCACACACUCUCACUAUAGUCACAAAGUACCAGCAUCCCCUGGAACGACCCAAGCGCCUGCAUCCCCGUCCCACCUAUCUGGCUCAAACCAAGUUCCGUUGGCAAUCAUUCCUGAAGGUACAUCGCAACCUGCCAUGACACCUGCAACACAAGGCAUGAUCGACAAGACCGAAACGCCUUACGAUGAAGAAUCUAUUCGGCCCGCGGCCAUGCCACGUGUGCACUCCUGGCGAAAAGCAUUUCCAUUCUCGUUCUUUUUUUGGGUGUGGGCAAUAGUAAGGAAAGAUGUUGGCCGAGCUGUUGAACCGAAUGAUGCGCGUCGAGAUUUUCGUUUCAACAAAAAUAACGUGCCUUUGGAAAUAUCUUUGUAUUUGAGUUCUUACAUCUCCGCACUGCAAGUUCGUAAAACUGUGGAUCCCCCGACUAUAAGUUUGCUUUAUACAACGCUUAAUCAGCUCAUAGAUGCCCUGACUGGGUUAGAAAGGAUCCUUACCACUCCAAUCCCUGUCUCUUACUCAUCACACCUGUGGAUGGUGACACUGGUUUAUUGUACAACUUUGCCCUUCCAACUGUGGUCCACACUUAAAUGGUUAACCAUUCCAGCGUCUAUAAUUGCCAGCUUUAUGUUCUUUGGCUUUGUUGUCGCUGGCGAGGAAAUUGAGAGCUAUGACAGGAAUGACUUGAAUAUGGAUUAUUUUGUCCACAACAUCAUACGGAAGGAGCUUCGUGCUAUUACAGCCAUGCCGCCUCCAGACCCUGCGAUUUGGGCAUUUUCAUCUCGGAAUGAUUUUCUAAAUCUAGGGACACUUUCAGGAGGCACCGUUCCGAAGGACUUUGAAGCCCCAUCUACCUGGCUUCACAGGGGGAAGAGUGAAAUCCUCACAGCUUUACAUGGGUAG